AUGUGCAGAGGCGAUAUUACCACAGAAGAAUGUGGUCUGUGCAUUAAGUUUGCUUGCGGAAAUAUUACACAAUAUUGUCCAAAUGACGAAGCCGCAAUCAUAUGGUAUGAUUUAUGCAUGUUAAGCUACUCAAAUCAGAACAUCUCCUCGACUCUGCAAUAUCAACCGUCAUGGUAUCUGUGGAAUGUCAAUAAGGCGUCCAACUCAAUUCAAUCUAUGUCAACUUUGGUAGAUACAAUGAAUGGUCUUGCGAAACAGGCUGCCUAUAACUCUUCUCUGCGCAAGUAUGCAGCUCAGGCUUCAUAUAUUACAGGCAGCUCUGUGCCGAUAUAUGUUCUAGAGCAGUGUACGGAUGAUCUAACUCAGGCUGAUUGUUAUAAUUGCUUGCUUUAUGCUACGGUCUUGGUCCAAUAUUAUAGCGUUGAUUCACAGAAAGGUGGGAGAGUUCUCAUGCCGAGCUGUAAUUUGAGGUUUGAGUACUACUCUUUUUUUGAAUCAUCAACUGCUGCUCCACCAGCUCUAUCAUCCCUUGCAAAUCCACCAGCUCCAUCACCUCCUGCAAAUCCAUCAGUUAAAUUCUUGGACGAUUUGACAAUGGGAUUUUUGUUUCCCGGAGUAUAUUCGACCUUCGUUAAGUUUUUGGGAGUUGAUGGCAGCCGGCAACAGCCGCUGUACAUCAUCGAUUUUGGAGUUGCACCCAAUUCUUGGCCGACUUCGGUUCCACCAGGGUCGAGGGUGUCUUGCACCAACCUGUAUUGGCCACACCCCGUUGCAGCGGCUGCCAGGAUCGGCCAUUAUAACCUCCGUUUCGACUUGCAGAACCGCCUCGGUUUUGGUUUGGGAAGAAGGAAAGGAAAAAUUUCAUCAACUAUUAUCAUUAUUUCUGUCGUCCUGCCAAUAGCAGCAGUUAUUCUUGUUUCUGUCCUAUAUAAACAUUUUUUUAUGAGGAGGAAGCCAAAGAGUGAAAUUGAUGGUUUGGCUGAGAUUAGCUUGGUGCAAUCCUUACAAUUCGAUUUUGAUACAAUAAGAGCUGCCACAGCCAAUUUCUCUGAUUUGAACAAGCUUGGAACGGGUGGAUUCGGUCCCGUCUACAAGGGUAAGCUUUUGAAUGGAGAAGAAGUUGCUGUGAAGAGGCUUUCUAGAAAUUCUGGACAAGGUGAACUAGAAUUUAAGAAUGAGGUGGUGUUAUUGGCCAAGUUGCAGCAUAGGAAUCUUGUUCGGCUCCUCGGCUUCAGUUUACAAGGAGAAGAAAAGCUCCUAAUCUAUGAAUUCUUACCAAAUACAAGCCUCGAUCACUUCAUAUUUGAUCCAAUCAAACGUGCACAAUUGGAUUGGGAAAUACGUCACAAAAUUAUUAAAGGGAUUGCUCGAGGGCUUCUCUAUCUUCAUGAAGAUUCUCGACUUAGGAUUAUACAUCGAGAUCUCAAAGCAGGCAAUGUUUUGUUAGAUAAGGAGAUGAACCCAAAAAUUUCAGAUUUUGGCAUGGCAAGGCUUUUUGUAGUCGACCAAGCUCAGAAUACCAACAGGGUUGUCGGAACAUAUGGAUAUAUGGCUCCAGAGUAUGCAAGGCAUGGGUUCUUCUCAGUCAAGUCAGAUGUCUUUAGUUUUGGUGUUUUACUUUUAGAAAUUAUGAGCGGUCGGAAGAACAACAGCUUUUAUCAAUUGGAGCACAAUGAGGACCUUCUUAGCUAUAUAUGGAGAAAUUGGAAAGAAGACAGGGCUGUGGAGUUGAUAGAUACGACUUUGAGAGAAAAUUGUUCGAUAAGUGAAAUGACGCGAUGCAUUCAUGUUGGACUGCUAUGUGUUCAAGAAAAUGUUGCUGACAGACCCACCAUGGCAUCAGUUGAUCUCAUGUUCAAUAGCUCAUCCAUCAUCCCCCCAAUACCAUCAUCACCACCUGCCUUUUAUGUUUGUAACAGAGGGGAGGAAGACAAAUCUAUCUCAAAGAAUGAUUCAUGGGUAACAGAGCAAGUUCCAUCUACCAAUGAGGCAUCUAUUACUGAGAUGCACCCUCGUAUGCUCUGGUCGUUGAGCCAAAGCAUUGCACAACCAAUCUUUGUUACAAACUCCUGCGACUCGACGGUUAAUUACACUAUUGGCAGCACAUACCAAGCCAACCUCCAAAUUCUAUUCUCUACUUUAUCCGUUAAUGCUAACAACAUUAACAGUAACGGAUUUAACAGUACAGCAAUUGGUCAGAAUUCCGAUACUGUCUAUGGUCUCUUUAUGUGCAGAGGCGAUAUUACCACAGAAGAAUGUGGUCUGUGCAUUGAGUUUGCUUGCGGAAAUAUUACACAAUAUUGUCCGAAUGACGAAGCCGCAAUUAUAUGGUAUGAUUUAUGCAUGUUACGCUACUCAAAUCAGAACAUCUCCUCGACUCUGCAAUAUCAACCGUUAUGGUAUCUGUGGAAUCUCAAUAAGGCGUCCAACUCAAUUCAAUCUAUAUCGACUUUGGUAGAUACAAUGAAUGGUCUUGCGAAACAGGCUGCCUAUAACUCUUCUCCGCGCAAGUAUGCAGCUCAGGCUCCAUAUAUUACAGGCAGCUCUGUGCCGAUAUAUGUUCUAGAGCAGUGUACUGAUGAUCUAACUCAGGCUGAUUGUUAUAAUUGCUUACUUGAUGCUACGGUCUUUGUCCAAAAUUCUAGCGUUGAUUCACAGAAAGGUGGGAGAGUUCUCAUGCCGAGCUGUAAUUUGAGGUUUGAGUACCACUCUUUCUUUGAAUCAUCAACUGCUGCUCCAGCGAAUCCAUCAGGGAAAGGAAAAAAUACAUCAACUAUUGUCAUUAUUUCUGUCAUCUUUCCAAUAGGGGCUGUUAUACUUGUUUCUGUCCUAUGUAUACGUUUUUUUAUGAGGAGGAAGCCAAAGAGUGAAAUUGAUGGUUUGGCUGAGAUUAGCAUGGUGCAAUCCUUACAAUUUGACUUUGAUACAAUAAAAGCUGCCACAGCCAACUUCUCUGAUUUGAACAAGAUUGGAAUAGGUGGAUUCGGUCCCGUCUACAAGGGUAAGCUUUUGAAUGGAGAAGAAGUUGCUGUGAAGAGGCUUUCUAGAGAUUCUGGACAAGGUGAACUAGAAUUUAAGAAUGAGGUGGUGUUAGUGGCCAAGUUGCAGCACAAGAAUCUUGUACGGCUCCUCGGCUUCAGCAUACAAGGAGAGGAAAAACUCCUGAUCUAUGAAUUCUUGCCAAAUACAAGCCUCGAUCACUUCAUAUUUGAUCCAAUCAAACGUGCACAAUUGGACUGGGAAAUGCGUCACAAAAUUAUAAGAGGGAUUGCUCGAGGGCUUCUCUAUCUUCAUGAAGGUUCUCGACUUAGGAUUAUACACCGAGAUCUCAAAGCAAGCAAUGUUUUGUUAGACAAGGAGAUGAACCCAAAAAUUUCAGAUUUUGGCACGGCAAGGCUUUUUGUAGUCGACCAAGCUCAGAAUACCAACAGAAUUGUCGGAACAUAUGGAUAUAUGGCUCCAGAGUAUGCAAGGCAUGGGUUCUUCUCAGUCAAGUCUGAUGUCUUUAGUUUUGGUGUCUUGCUUUUAGAAAUUGUGAGCGGUCGGAAGAACAACAGCGCUUUUUAUCAAUUGGAGCACAAUGAAGACCUUCUUAGCUAUAAUAAUUGUUUGUUACCAUGA